AUGUUACCCAACGCGGAUCAAAACGUGCUCAUCCCCAUCAAGCUUGAUGCAUUCGUCCUCAAUGACAAAGUCUGUGAUGGCGGCUAUAAUGACGAUGAACUGAGAGCACGAAAAGCCAAAAUUGCACCCAUCUCACAGCCCAAUUACUCGUUUCUGCGUCUGAAAAAGUCCUAUCUCCAGUCAGACAUUCUGUACCAUACCGACUUACACAACGCCUGCCCGGCCGAUUUCAACUCGCGCAUUACAGAUCUCGGGUCUCGCUCCCGGCGUGAAAACCGACAGGGCAUCUAUCUCCACUGGACGCUCCCUCGCAUAUACCGGAGUGGUAGCGCUGCAACGAGUGAUGCAGAAAACGGCAGAAAUGGGCUUCCCAUCUUCCCCGAGGUCCCUACGCGAUGGCUAGUCGUUCGUCACAUACAUGAUCUUGACGCCGUCAAACCUAGUGAAGCAAAGGACAAGCUGAAAAGCGUCUCUGCGUGGGUUGUCGAAAGUGACCGCUGCCGAACCCUCGACGGAGAACGAAAACCCGACGACGGUACACUCGAGAAACCCUGGAAUGUUCUUGAUGGCACAGUUGAUCUUCAAGUUGACGUGUCACCUUUCGUCAGCGCAUCCAACUCUGUGGUAAACGGAGAUUCAGAUGUCUUGGAGAAACAAGCCGAAAUCUUCAUAGGUGACAAAAGAAAAGCAUCAGAGUGGAAGGAAACCCAGCCUGAAGACGGAACCACAGAUACCAGCAAGUCACGCGUCAACCUACAGCUCCUAUCUUCGUCCAAUGAGCUCUUUCCAGAUUACCAGCUGCAUAAUUCCAAUGUUUUCUCGAUCGUCGAUAACUUUGAGUAUGACCGUGUUGAUAUCGGAGACAACAAAACCAAGCCAUUGUACGCCUCCCGUGUUCCAUCAGUUAGCUACUCUGUCCUCGGAUGGCACUCCAAACCAAAAAAGGACAUUGUCUGGCUCAAAGAAAAGUCUGAAACUCGCGCGCAGCUCCUGAAGAGGCUGGAUAUGGACUUCAAAGGUUUUCACCCCCGAACGCUUGACUUUGACGACAUUAUCCCCCAGGAAAUCGUCGAUUGGCUUGACGAAUGUCUUCCUCGAAGGGAACAAGGCACACGGAGUCUUUGCCACGGCGCAGUGUAUGAUGUUUCUUGGGAUCUCCACAGGGCACCAGAGAUUAUCCUCGCGGAUAAAUAUGCUGAGAUGUUGAGUCAGAAGCUCCCUGUGGCGAUAGGAACGACGCCAAUGGACGCGUUGAUGGCGUACGCGGGCGCACAUGAGGCAGAUACGAGCAAUCCCAAUGAUGAUGUCAAAAAGAUUGAGUCGGCACUGAAACGCCUCGAGACAGUGCUCUUGAGCAGGGAUGAUGGCGUUGAAGCGCACGCGCAGGGGGCAGACAUGAUGUAUAACUGGAACUAUACAAGGCUGGAUGGUGGACAACAGUAUCAUGUUUCUGGAGGCGAAAGUGGCGGGAAGCCGGUUAUUCCUGAAGACAAGAGGGUAGACUUGAUUAAGCUGAACGACUUGUGCCGCUUCCGAGAUGCAGCGGACAGGAAGCUCAAGAGACAGCGCUGGGCCGUCUUUGCGGAGUGGUGGCAGGCUGUGACGCUGGCCAAGAAGCAAUUAGAAGUGAAAGAUGCGUUGAAGCCAAUUUUGGACAGCAUUGACGCCUUGGAGAAAUUGCUGGGUAUCAGCAAGCAGGAUCUAAUCUCAGUCUUGACUGACGGAAAGAAAGGGGAUGAAGCAACAGAAUUUGAGCCAGGCGUGCAUCCGCCCUUUCAUCAGCAGCGCGACCCGACAUUGCUCGUUGGUGGUGUGCGAUCUGGCUGGGAACCGGACUACCUGCACACACUCCUGAUCAGACUCGACGGUCAAUUGCUCGAAGAAACAAAAUCUGCUGUCCCUGGCGAGGAGGAGGAUGGCUGGGCAAGUCUCUUUAAAGACUUUGUUACCAAGAAGAUGCCUGAACCUCUAAGAGCAUCAGCCCAAGCCCUGCUUCGUGAAUUUGUUGUAUUACGAACAAGGAGAAGAGACGAGGAUGACGUAUCGGAUGAUGAUCCCAAGAAACCGGAGAGACAAAAAAUAAGUCCCCAGAUGCCAACUUUUCAUGACCGCCAAGGCCUGGAUCAUAAGGGGAAGCCUGUUUGGCGUGACUCUUGGAAUAAUACGCAACCUUGGUUCCCUUUGUUUCUUGAAUGGGAGGUGGAAUACACUCACAUCGACCAUGACGAUUGGGAGCUUGCCGAGUCGAAAUGGUGGCACAGCGAAGGCGCCAAGUUGCACUAUGCUAUCAAGCCAGACAUGACAUUGGAGGACAAAUACGGCGACAAGACUAAGAAAGAAGUCGACAACCGGCGGUUUUCAGGCCAAGCUCUCGUCCUCCCACAACCCAGCUUCUCGCUUGAGGCCAAAAUCCUACAACUCUUUUCCGAUACGGCAGCGGAGAAGCUAGAAAAGUUGCUACCGUUUGAAGACCGCGAGGAACUCGCCAAGAGCCUGAGGAAAUUCGACUUUUUGUCUGCACCUCUGUCUGGGUUUAACAGCCACAUGCUCACCGUCGAGCAAGGGAAUCAUGUCAAGCCGUCGAUUCGCAACCCUGUGACUGGCGCAGUGAAAUUCAUGAGCGAGGCGGCUCGCAAAGAAGCCGGAUUGUCUGAGCAGGUCCUCGAAAACAUGGGCAUCGAGACAGAUCUCACGCCAUAUGGACGCAGCAAAAGUAAACCCGACACGGAUGGGCCAGCCGUUUUCAAGCCCGUAACCCAUGGCCAGUUCCGCAUCACCAAACUCAACAUCAUUGACAAGUUUGGCCAGGCCAUCCAUGCAAUCGACCCUAAGCCUACGACUGAGGAGCUGACUCCGAAGCUGUAUCCCUGCAUCAGCGACUGGUACGCGCCACAGGCCAAAAGCUCGAACCCAGAGUCUCCCAACGUCGUUGGCAAGGUGAAGAAAGAGAACGAGACAAAGUGCGAGUAUAUCCAAGUGCCGCCGCAGAUCAACCAGCCAGCACGUCUCAAUGCGGUUUUCACAAUUCCAUCAGAGCCCCCUCUGCACGAGGAUGACCCAAAGCCGCCUUUCUGGCGGGCUACUCACGACUGGGACCAGCCCAUCUGGGGCUGGGUUGUGGUCAACUAUGCAAACUUUGGAGUGCAGUUCUUCCUCCCCUCGGGUGCUUUCUAUCGAGAGGUUCGUUGCGCUGGUCCUACUGGAGCACUCUUGUCGCCAGAGUGGCUGCCAUUCGAGAAACCUGACGAUCCGUCCAGGCGCGGCGGCAAGGAAGACGGCGGUGCUGCAGCCGAACAGCUCGCGCGACUGGUCAAGGUCUUGGGAGAGAAUUACCCAUAUCUCCGCAGGUUCAUUGCCACCAUCAAUGCUGCUACAACAUCAAUAGCACCCGCACCAAGCGCGUAUGCCGAAUUUCGAAGCGCCUUGCUCGGCCGACCCCUGGCCCUCACGUACUUUGGAGUCUCCUUGGAACUUGCCGGUUCGCCGUGGGAAAGUCAUCUGUCGCAGGACAACAAACUCAAGAAGACACUCCUCGAUUAUAAAUUCCGCGUCAAGCUGGGCGACCGGGAGCGCGGGUUUGAUGGGUUGGUAGGAUACUUUCCUCCCCUUCCCGAGUCCGAGCUAAAAGAAGGCAAUGCUCUUGACGUAUCGACAUUCUACACACACUUCCCACCCGGUGUUCAUGAUAUAGCCACCGAAGAAUUGGCAAAGAUCUCUCCACCGGCAUCUUCUUACGAAGAUGAGCAGCCAAACCCAACAGUCACCAAGAUAAUUACCAUCAAGAAGGAUAACUAUCCUCUCCUGAAGCCAUACUAUCUCGACCCGGACAAGAACGACCGCACGCCAGCAUCAUACGCUGCGGAUGCAAACGAAAAGCUUGCCGUUUUCGGCGCCCUGCUCGACCCUUUCCUCCCUGUGCAUGCCUACACUGGUAUCUUGCCCGUCAAGGAGUUUUCCCUACCGACGUGGACAUGGCAGGGAGCCCUGGACAAGCUAUCCGCCUUUUUCCACGCCGGGCCUGUGCUAAUCACGGGCGACGUUCCAGGGUUUGUGGAGGCGAGGCAGCUGAAGCAGGGGGAUUUGCCACCUAAGGUGGUUGAAGGCGUGGAGGGGGAGGAGAAGCAAUCCGUGGGGCUGCCAGGUGGCGCGUUGGGGAUGUGGAGUUGGCUCCAGCCUUACGAUGUUGAUGAAGAGCAUGGAAAGAGUAUUACGGGUGACGAGGAGGAAGAGAAGCCACGGGAAAAGUUCAUGCCGUUGGCUGUUGAGGUGUUGGGUGAAGAGUCAAAGCUAGAGCGGGGGCCAUAUACGGCCAUCGAGGGGUACCUGCAGAUGGCUGCGGGCGUUAAUGAGAAGUAG